UUUGUACUUAAACACUUAAAACAAACAACAGGCAAGCAAGCUCCAUAGAAAAAUGUCUCGUCUAUUUCAACCAGGCUCGAUCCUCCAAAGAGUCUCUGCUUCCCCACGGUGGCCUCUAAUCCUCUACGCCGCAACGUGGACGACGCUUUUAACAGUGACUGUGGCCGUGGCCUCGUUCUCUCCGGAACUUGCCUUUGUUUCAGUCAUUUCUCCUACGACAUCUACACGUCAUAAUUCAUUGUCCAGAGGGCCUCAUUGCCGUAAUGAUGAAUCUGUACGCGUUCCAAUGGACAUUCCUACGGAGAUUUUUUGCAUCCCGGUGGAAAUGUUUAGACGAUCAAAGAUGGACUUGAUAGUGCCUCCAGUUUUUGCUGCAGUGAUCGUGGCGUGUUCAGCUUAUGUUGUGAGAGCUCUUGCUUUAUGGGAGGAUGACACCAUUGUAGAACCCUAUUAGCUAUUUGCGAUAGCCCACUCCAUCAACAAUGUGCAACACAUGCAGGUGCCUCCCAAGAACUCAAUUCUCCAUUCAUCUCACCGAUUUCCACCUCACAAGAAGCGUGAUCAGCAGAGGGCCGAUACCAACGCCCAGC